GUCGUACACUCUUCUCUCUCCUCCCAUUUCUCUCUCUAGACUUCGUCGAGGCAGCCCCUUGACCACAAUUCCCUCACCUAUACAGAAAAACCAUCAAUCAUAUAGAGAGAGAGAGAGAGAGAAAAUGACAGAGUCUUGAAGAGAGAGUGAGAAUGAGAAUUUGAUUGCCUUUCAUACAUCACUUUAGCCAAGAACGUUGAUGAGCUAAUCUGACAGUUGACGAGACCGUUUCGGGGAGGACAGGUUAACAAUCGUGCGCACUCUAGCUGUAAAUUAGCAUCGGUCCACUCCGUGAGCAGCCGCCAUGGCCGAGCUUGCCCAAGCUGAAGCGUACGCGCCGAGGACUCUGCAAGUGUGGAGGACACUGAUGAACUGGUUCGCCUUCUUCUUUGGGAUCUUCGUUCAGAUCAUCCGAGGGACGCCUUCCGUGGCUCAAGUCCUAUCUUACAUCGGCCUCAGACAGCAUUCUUUGCUCUCUUCUUCUUCUUCUUCUUCUUCUUCUUCUUCGCCGUCGUUCAAGCCUUUGUCCGCCGUUGAAUCGCCGGAAUUGCAUGAGUCAGACCCGCCGGCGGUCCAACUUACCGGCGGAAGAGUCGCCAAUGUCGACGGUGAUCGGUGCAUAGAGAAGCUUACGGUGGUUCUUGAUUUGGAUGAAACACUAGUAUGUUCAUAUGAAACAUCUAGUUUGCCCGCUAUUAUUCGUAACCAAGCUUCAGAAGCUGGGUUGAAGUGGUUUGAGCUGGAAUGUGUUUCUUUGGAUAAGGAAUGUGAAGGCAAGCCUAAGGUCAACUAUGUUACAGUGUUCGAACGUCCAGGAUUACAAGAAUUUUUAAAACAACUCAGUGAAUUUGCAGAGCUUGUGUUAUUUACUGCUGGUCUUGAAGGUUAUGCUAGACCACUUGUUGAUAAAAUCGAUGUUGAAAAUCGAUUUAGUCUUAGACUGUAUCGGCCUUCAACAAUUAGCACGGAAUAUCGGGAACAUGUCAAGGAUCUAUCCUGCCUAUCAAAGGAUCUCUGCCGAACUGUUAUUGUUGAUAACAACCCGUUCAGUUUCUUAUUGCAACCACUGAACGGAAUUCCAUGUGUUCCAUUUUCUGCAGGACAACCGCAUGAUGAACAGCUUCUGGACGUCCUCCUUCCACUCCUCAAGCACCUCUAUCAACAGAAGGAUGUGAGACCGAUGCUUUAUGAAAGGUUCCGCAUGCCGGAGUGGUUUGAAAAGCAAGGAAUCCCUGCUUCUUGUUGGACGAAGUAGAAGAGAUAUUGUACAAAUUGAAAGUAGCAUUCGUCUUGGGGGCACUCAAAUGGCUCUUUUUGUUCAAAGGCAUCAUCUUUUUGUUGACUUCAUAAGUUUUUGUAUAGUAUCAUCUUGAGCACGGGAGCCAUUGAUGAAGCCCAACCUCUGCAGCAUCACUCGUAUAGAAUUUGUGAAAUGUAAAUUUGUCAAAGCUCUGAUUCGUUUGUAAUUGUUUAUAUGCUGGCAUCCUGGUGAUUGCUCAUGCAUGUUUCUAGUGUUGUGGACUCACGCUUGACAAAUAGUUAUUUGCAGUUUAUACACUUCUCAGCAGCGCUUCAUUAUUA